AUGACCUGUUAUAUUGAGCAAUUUCCAGAAGAGAUACUGAUUAAAAUAUUUGAGUUUGUCGAAGACACAGACUUACCUUCUCUCUCAAGAACAAACAAAAAAUUCAACCGCCUUAUUAAAGACGCCAUUUUGCAACAUCACCGACUAAAACAAAACACGUAUCGUCUUGAAUCACUCUUAACUUUAGCACAACGUCGUACACGUGAACAACUCGUCAUUCAAAAUAUCUUGCGUGGCGUCUCGCUUCUCGGGCAACUACAGCAAGGAAGAUACAUUAAUCAUACACAACUGAUUGGUGCAUAUGAAGCUCAGUCCUUGUUGAGGCGGAAUUUCACGAGAAAUAGGUUGUCGCGUGGACUUGCACAACGUCCCGAGUUACGCGUCUUGUUGGAGAGAAACUUGGUGCCACAAGAAGCUGUUUGUACUCUCUAUCAGCGUAGAAUGUUAAUGUCCGCUAAACGGUUUCAAGGAGAUUAUGAUAGUGUGAUGAAUGAAGCAACAUCAUUUUCAUCUCAUGAUAACCGAGUUAUUAGAAGGCAAACUAAAGCUAGAUUCUGCCUUGCUUCUUCAUUGGUUCCGAAAAUGAAAGCGUUGAAAAUUGCAUUACAGCGAGAUAAACUUUCUAAAAAGCUGAAAAAUCGACCAAGCGUCGAUGACAUGCGACGAUUUGGCGUAAUGAAAACACAAUACAUUACCAAAUCUUCGUCAGUUUAUCCUUCCUUAUUGUCAUCACAACUACUCCUAUUGAAAUCUUUUAAACUUGAUUUGCUUGCUAAUUCAUUGACACGUCGACCUUCUUUGUCCUAUUUGCUUGACGAAGUUGGUAUAUUAAGAUCCGACGCGACUACCGCGUCAAUGAUUUGUCCUGGGAUCAAAAGCAAAGUCCAAUUUUUCGAGCAACUUAAUUGUUAA